AUGGACAAACGGGACGAGUUCGUCAGGCCAAAAGACUGGCACGAGGUGAAGAUCCUUCGCUGCAACGUUUGUGGCGAAUCAUUUGUAUACAAGAAGAGCUUGGAGAAGCAUGCGCAGAUGCAUGAAACUAAGAUAAUGUUCUUCUGCAAUCUUUGUGAACGUCAUUACACUCGGAAGGACAACUUAAGAGCCCACUACCGUGAGCACCAUCCGUCAGCCGUAGAUGAGGUGGCGGACAUUCCUGCAGAAACCACGGACGAAAGACACCACAGGAUGAGUAAGGAUAAACAGGAUACAGCACUGAAGUCGAGAGAGGGUAGGAAGGGUACACACACGGAGACCAGACCACCUAGGGAAGUUUCAAAAACUCCAACUCAAGUACCCCAGGCCGGAUCUAAGCGGAAGCAGUCAGAGCCGCGGGAGCAACCAGAUCCGAAGAAACGCCAGAACACACCAAGGAGGAAGGACAAGACACCUCCAACGACUCCAAAAGAUUCUCCAAGGAAAGCGGCAAGUGGCAUCAACCAGAAUCCAAGUACCCCGGAACACUUGAUCUCUCUAUCCCCUGCAUCAAAUUCCCUGAUUCACCAAUGCCAAAGCAACGAGGUUCCUGCUGUUCCUUGUGUUCCUGUCCGGGGGAAACCCAGAGGCAUGCUACAACUGCUUGCGAACGACUUGGAGACGAGCAGCGACAGUGAGGACAGCCUCGACUUACAGAUAAACAGUAAGUCCAAGAGCCAGGAGAGCGAAGGAAGCCUGUUACCUGAGCAUGUGUCUACUCGAGUAGAUGUAGGCCGAGUAUUGAAGGCUGAAACUGCUGAGUAG